GAGAGGAACAGAGGGAGGGCCACAGCCCACCCACCCAUCCACCCAUCCGCGUCCACGCCCGUGCCCAGCAACUGGCUCUCGCUUCACUCCCUCCAGUCUGGUCGUUGUCCUCGCCGCUCCUCCACGGACCCCAACCUGCCGCCAUUCAACACCAUCGCAUCCACAAUCCGUACGGCUCGCCAUUGACUUACCGCCACUCAUCAUCUUUCCACGGCUUCCAAAUGGUCUCUGGUGGCUUGAGACCGUCUUCUUGCCACCCGCUGGUGCUCUAGCACCGCUCCUGCACGCCCUCCUCGACCCGCCUCGUCGACUUGCGUCUAGUUCUGGCUUUCGACAUGGCCGACAAAGGCUCUCGCACCAACGGGGCCGGCCCGGCCCCCGCGCGCUCGACGUCAAGAGCCUCCAAUGCUUUAUCUCUCAAUAUCGAUGACAAUGAAGAAGAUUUCGCCCUGGCCGCCAUGGGCAUCUCCGACUCGUAUCGUCCCUCGCCGGCACCACCCACCUCACACUAUCACCCCGUCCCGGCCGCUUCCGUCGACAUGUCGACUGCUGCUCGCCCUUCCAGCAUCGCCAAGAACCAUCGCCGCCACGACUCGCUGACCCUGAGGCAUGAUGGCCCGAAUGGACACGACGGCUCGUCGACGUCGGCCCGUACUGAGGCAUCCUCAGCUUUGCUAAGCAGGUCGUCGAGUGUUUCAACUGUUUCUGCCUCUCCAUUCAUCAGUCCGGAGGACCCCUACGAAGGACCAUCUGGCCCCUCGCACCCCUACCAGAUGUAUCCCCAGAACGUCCGCCUCGCCAGGACGGCGAGCCUGGCCACCACUUCGACUGCGCCCGUCUCCGAGCAGUCGUACUCUGGACCUCGGGGGCCUACUCACCCGUACAUGAUGUACCCACAAAAUACUGUUCCCGAGCCAAGCAUUGCCGAGGACCACUCUCCAGUGACCAUGCCUGCCAACGUCGGAUUCCCUGGUUCCAUGGACAGAUAUCAGAGGCGCAUUGGUCCAGAUGGUGAGGAUGCUGCCGACCUCAUCGGUCCAGACGGCCAUACGGAGCAGCUCCCCCCAUAUUCGAGAUAUCCCGACGAGGCGUAUCACCGGAAAGCCCUCGGCUUGGGUGUGCCCACGCCACCUGUGGUACAGCCCGCAUCGAGCCAGGCGGCGACAUCUGCACAGGCAAUUCCUGGAGCUGGUGGCAUCGGUAGAGCCACUCGCAAUCCGGAGUUCUCCUCAACCGAGGACUUAGGUGAUGCUGUAUCGCCCCUGUCCCGGCAGUCUGUCCGCAGCUUCGCCUCAGAACCCAGCCAGCAUGAAGUCAACACUGCAGCAGCAGCUGUUGCGGAUGAAAAGGCACCGCCUCGUGGUUGGAAACAGACUGCUCGGAAGCGUGUCUGGGGAGUUGUUCCGUGCUGGGCCGUAGGCCUUGCUGUGCUCGUCCUUGUCUUGAUGGGUGUUGUCGUUGGUGCCGUUAUUGGUAGCAUGUUUGGGUCCCGACUGAAGCUGGACGAUACCGCCCAAGACCCAAAGCCCAGUAUGGCUGACCCAGAUGAUUGGGAACCACUCGACUCCAUACCCGACGGAACACCACCACUGAUCACUGGCGAUUUCGGGUUACCGCUCAUGUUAUCGAAUACAGCCAGCCAAUGUGUCAAGAAUACCACACAGGCGCAAGCAUGGAAUUGCAACAUGAUCUACUCACAACUCGGCAUUAACAUCACCCAAAUCCCGAAAGCACCCGCAACGGAGGCGUAUUCGAUCAGCUUUUCAUACAACGACAGCUUUACCAUGGACGACUAUGUCUACGCGUACGGCAUGCAGCCGCCGAAGAUGAAGGGCGAAACUCUGCGCUUGGUUACGGACUUGUACCAAGACGAUCGUGGACCGGCCUGGUCUUUCAAGACCGAGUAUUUGAAAACUGUAAUCAUCCCGGAGGAGUUGUUAUACCCGUCCACAACCACGACGAAACGUGGGUCGGGCUCCUUCCAGGGAGACUUCUUUUCGAGAGGAAAAGCCUUCGCGUCCCCCGGAGAAAAGCCGUGGUUUUGCUAUUGGGACCAAACCGUCUUCGAAGCCUUCAUCUACGUCACCCAGAACAAUAGUCUCAAGGCGAUUAGCAACAAUGACAACAGCAGCAGUAGCAGCAGCAGCAGCAGUAUUAGCAGCAGCACUAGCAGCAGUCGCACUACCACUACCAGCAGCACGCGAACCACCAAACUGGGGGACGCUUGGUGGACUUCACCUCCUUCCGGUCUUCCGGGAACACCGCCUCCGCCACAUGAUAAUAACCAUCUCAACAGCGAUUAUGGGGUGCCCAGUAAUGAGCGUCGUGGCAGUGCUCCACAACCCACCGUCUUCCACCGUGAUGCUUCCAGUGCAUCGGACCACAGCGAGCCCGCAGCCUACUCCAACCUGCCUAAAUCAGGCAGCAAGCCUCCACACCCCAACGUUAUCAAGAUUCUUGAGCGUCGGAUAAAGAAGUCUGAAGAUACGGGGUUUUGCCAGCAAUUUGAGAUCAGGGGUCCUGGCCAAGAAGCCCUUCCCGUGCUCGUGGAGGGACGCCUCAUCAAAAUCAGCCUCAACGAGUCAUUUCCCACCCUGCAAUCAUCCUCAAGGGCCCGCGAUGUCAUCGAGUCAUACCUGGCCGAGCGAGCAGGUGAUGGAUCAUCAGGGACCGAGAUGAGCGAUUGUGGCUGUAUGUGGUGGUUAAAUUGAGCGCCCAGACGGCCUGGUUAGACUACUCAGAGCGCAGCAUGAUUUGGUUUGCAAUUCGACGACGACGGGAACGGAUCCAGCAUGGCAAUAUGGCGUUUGGCGAUUUCUUUCUCACUAUUUAAUUCGGAUAUCCCAGCACAAAGAUCUUUCAGAUAUAGCGUCUCUUUGGAAUGAAAAAUAUAUGAAAUCCGAGAUCUUGUCGCCCCUUUCACGAACCCUGCCGUCCUGUGCAAGAAUAUGUGCAAUGUUGCC